GGAAAAUCAAGAUUUGCUUCCUGCUUGGAUUGCACUCUAUUACACCAUUCCAGCCCUUGAAUAUGGUUAGGGCCAGUCACUGAGUGCCGUCGGGAGGUGAGUCCGAUUACCUAAGCACACCGCAAAGCUUCGCAAGAUCCCAUCGCAAGCCUCGGACGGUGAACUGCAAGUCCAGCCAUUGGCCCUCCUCGAACUACUACCUCAAAGCUAUCUCCUUCCGCAGCGUAUAGCUACAACUCCGAUACCACCAUCAUGUCUACGGAAAUGGAAGUCGACCCUCCGGUGGUGCAACAAGAGGAAGAGGAAGAAGCUCCCGCGCAGUCCAGCAACGGUAGCCACGAUCCGAGAACACAGGCGGGAGCCGUCGCAGUACGCAGCAUCGAGGGAUGGAUUGUCAUCGUGACCAACAUCCAUGAAGAGGCCUCCGAAGAGGACGUCACGGACUUGUUCGCCGAAUAUGGAGAGAUCAAGAAUUUCAGCCUGAACCUGGACCGCCGGACGGGUUACGUCAAGGGAUAUGCCUUGAUCGAGUACUCCACCCUCCCCGAAGCCUCGGACGCCAUCAAAGCCUUGAACGGCUCCAAACUACUGGACCAAACCAUCUCCGUCGAUUUCGCAUUCGUUAGACCGCCCCCCUCGAAUAAAGGAAAGGGUGGAGGACAGAGAGGUGGACGUGGCGGCGGUAGAAACCGCAGCAGAAGCCGCGAGAGGAGCCGCAGUCCUGGAGCCGAUGAUGCACGGGACUAAGCCCGCCGUGAUGUUUUGUUUGUUGGGAGAGCGUUUUCUUUUCAAUUCAUCUCACAGGCCGUGGAUGCGCCAGACACUUGGCCUUUUGUUUGCUCCAGACCUCCGCCAGCAUUGGGGUCCUGCUAUUUUGCGCUCGCACUACAAUAAGAAUCGUAUUGGCUGCUUAGGGUUGUCCAGAUAAUUCAUGCCAUGGGCUGGAAGUCUGGGGGCUGGCUCGACCAAAUCGGCUCUAGGGGAGAGGGAGAGGAGGGGGUGGGAGAAGCAGAACAAAGCCG